ACAUAUAAAUAUAUUUCGAUUUCUCAUUAAUUCCACUUAUUUUUUCCUUUUCUUUCGAUUUCUCAGGUUGGCUCAGGUCAUAGCUGGAGCUACAGCAAAGCCAUAACACAACUUCAGCCAGCCUAGAAAAUUUAGAGCUAUGGAGGAUGAGAAUGUUGUGGAGCAGGUGGAAAUGCAAUGCGAUUCAAUGGAGCGAGAUUGCUGCGUGGUUACAGGAGGAAGGGGCUUUGCUGCGAGGCAUUUGGUGGUUAAGCUUAUUCAGUCAGGCCGCUGGACUGUGAGAAUUGCUGAUUUGGGUCCUACGAUUGUUCUGGAUGAGGAUGAGGAGAAUGGAAUUCUCGGCCACGCGCUGAAAUCGGGUCAUGCAGUCUACAGCGGUGCGGAUCUUAGGGACAAGUCGCAAUUGCUAAAAGUAUUUGAAGGAGCAUCUGUUGUGUUCCACAUGGCUGCACCUAAUUCAUCUAUUAACAGUUUCGAUCUUCAUUAUGCUGUCACAGUUCAAGGCACAAAGAAUGUAAUAAAUGCCUGUCUUGAAUGCAAAGUCAAGAAGCUUAUUUACACUAGCUCGCCAAGUGUUGUCUUUGAUGGUAUUCACAGCAUAUAUAAUGGUGACGAAUCUUUACCUUAUCCAGACAAGCACAAUGAUAUUUAUUCUGAGACGAAAGCAGAGGCAGAGGCUUUAGUGUUGCAUUCAAAUAGAAGAGAAGGGUUGCUUACAUGUGCUAUACGUCCAAGCAGCAUAUUUGGUCCUGGAGACAAGCUUUUUGUUCCAUCUCUGGUGACAGCAGCAAGGGCUGGCAAACUUAAAAGAAUGAAGAUUUGUUAUGAGGGAAUCUUAAUUGCCCCGAGUAUCAAAACUAUCUUAACAGUUAAUGAUUUACAUUUUAUCAUUGGUGAUGGAGAAAACAUGUAUGAUUUCACUUAUGUGGAGAAUGUGGCCCAUGCACAUAUAUGUGCAGAAAAAGCACUAGAUUCAGUUCGAGCUGAUAGUGAAGAUUCAGCUGCAGGCAAGGCUUUUUUCAUAACCAACAUGGAAUCAAUGAAGUUCUGGGAGUUUGUAUCUUCGAUAGUGGGGGGUUUGGGUUAUCAAAGGCCCAGGAUUCACAUUCCCUUAAAAGUGAUGAUGCCAAUUGCAUGUAUGGUUGAAUGGAUUUACAGAAAGCUGGCUCCAUAUGGGAUGCCAUUGCCUCAGUUCACACCAUCAAGGAUGAGGCUUCUUACUUGUUCUCGAACAUUCAGUUCUUUGAGAGCUCAGAAGCUUCUAGGAUAUGCACCGGUGGUACCUCUUGAGCAAGGAAUCAAACUUACAUUAGAAUCCUAUUCACAUUUGAGAGCUGAUGUACCUAUCAUAAGGAGUCGAAACAUUGAUGUACCAUCAAAGGCUUGCAAAAUGCUCAAAAAUGAAAAAGUUGCAAAUAUACUUUUGUGGAGAGAUGAGAAGAAGACAGCCACAAUAGCAAUUACUUUAGUAACCUUUUUCUACUUGUUUUUUGUCUCUGGGUAUACAGUAAUGUCUGUUAUAGCCAAGUUUCUUCUGCUGGUCGCUCUGAUUUUGUUCAUCCACAGUUUUCUACCUUCCUCAAUGUUUGGUUUCACAAUCAAACAAAUUCCUUCUUCCUAUUUUCAAAUCAAUGAAGAAAAUGUAGACCAUGUAUCUCUUCAUUUAGCAUCUGCAUGGAAUUCAGGAGUAUUCAUCUUGAAAACUCUAGCUCAAGGGAAAGAUUGGACCUUGUUUUUUAAGACAAUGGUGUUUCUCCUCUUUCUCAAGUUUCUUGGAGCAUUCUCCUUAUCAACACUAGUUGGAGCAGGUUUGAUUUUCAUGUUUACUGCAUUCUACAUAUAUGAGCAAAAGGAAGAAGAAAUUGAUGACACGCUCAAGGCUAUUGCUGUUGUUCUUUCUAAUUUGAAGGAGCUAAUGUUAAGCAAGCUGGCAAUCAGAAGGCAUCCUCAUUAAAGUAAAUAUAGUUUUAUGGGGAAAGGGUUUUGAUUAUUCAUCAAAAUCUUGGGAGUCUCCACAUUCAUUUUCUUUAUGUUCACAAAUUAUUUUCAAUCACCAUCUGUCUCAGUCCUUGUUACGUCACCGAAAAUGUGGAAUGGAUUGGAUGAGGUUCAAGAAAUUGAGAAUAUCUCUUUGUACAUUACACCAAAAGGGCUGCUCAUCUACAGAGGAAUUACUGGUGUUUGAAGCAUUGAGUUUGAUUUGGGCAACAAUUUGGCAUUGUAUGCAAUGCAGAAUGUACAAUCUUAAUAUAUAGUUGCUUACCAAAAUUUUGUGGCUGAAGAGGUUUAAAUAGUUUUUCGAGGGAAUACUUUUUCAAUUUUGGAUGGUAUUAAAAUGGUUUCAAAAACUCGUAAUGUAUGCAACCAUGAUGGUCUUCAUGUCUAGAUCAAUCAACUAAGCCAAUUGAACUCGUUACUAUUGUAUCUUAUAUUGGUACCAAUCGGAAUUUCACAGAUCUUCUAUUCAUCAAAUAUUUUGAAUUUAAGCAAAACAAAUGGAUUGGGAUAAACAACCCAUAUCAAACUAUCCACCCGAUAUUUUCUUGAA